UCUUAAAUCUUAACCUCAAGUAUAAUUAAUUAUAAUUCCGAAGACAACAAAGAAGUGGUGACGUUUGUUUUCUUACAGUUGUUGUAAAAUAAUUUAUUUGCAAUCAUGGAUGGUGAUUUUCCUGAUCCUGACGAAGAGUUUGAUUUGUUGCACGAAGAUGAGUACGAAGUUCUACGUGAACUAGAAACCGCAGAGGUGCAAAAAACUGUAGCAACUAGUAUUUCUCAGCACCAACAAGAGCAGCCAGAGAAUGAUCAGAUUCAUGUUAAUAGUGAUAAAGAAACUGAAAAAGUUGAUUUGGUUCAAGAACAAGACAAAGAUUGGUUUUCAAUAAAUGAAGAAGAUAUCAUCAGUCAGUCUGUGGUUACGAGUAAACGAUCGAUUGAUAAAAUUACGCAAGAUCUUAAUAUACCACGAGAUGCAUUUGAGUCAUUAAAUUUUACAGAUAUUGAUCAGUUUACAUCUCCUAAAAAGAAAAGACCUUGUUGGGAUCAGCCAGAAGAAAUUAUAAAGACUAUUCUAGAGAGGAGAAAAAAUAUUCACUAUGAAGAACAAAGUACUGGAAAGAAAGCUAUUCAAAAUAAAUUUUCUAACAAUAUUACAAAGAGAAUUCCAAUGUAUAAUUUUGUUGCUGUUACUCAUAUUGAUGAUGGAGAAAGAUUCUACAUUAAAGUUUCUAAUAAGAAUAAUUUUGAACCUAUAAAUCACCGUCCAACUUCAAAUUCUCUAAUAAAAUCUUUUGAUCAGCUGAAGGAAGAAGCCGAAAAUAUUUUGCAACAAAAAGCUGAAAAAGCUAAUCUUGCAGCCAUGGAAAACUCUGAAAUAACAGAAAGCACCAGCUGUGAAUUGUGGGUUGAUAAAUACCGACCUCAUCGAUACUUGGAUUUGUUGUCAGAUGAAAGUAUAAACUACUCUUUUCUUUCCUGGUUGAAACUUUGGGACAAAAUCGUUUUUGACAGAGAUCCCACUGUACGUCCAAAAAGGCCUGAAGCUAAUCCCAAAUUCAAAAGCAAAUUAAAAAAAAAACAAGAAGAUGUUCCAGACCAUGAUAGUGACGGUUUUUCCACUCGAAGAAUAGCAUUGAUUUCUGGCCCUCCUGGUUUAGGUAAAACAACUUUAGCUCACGUUGCAACUAGGCAUGCUGGAUACAAUGUCGUUGAAAUAAAUGCAAGUGAUGAGAGGGGACCUGAGGCUUUUAGAGAAGCACUGUUAUCAUCAACACAAAUGAGAGCUGUAAUAGACAAAGAGAAAAGACCCAACUGCCUUGUAUUGGACGAAGUUGAUGGUGCUCCUGCAGCUUCUAUAGAGCUCCUUAUGAAAUUUAUUCAUGGAAAAUUAGCUCCAAAAGGUAGAAGUAUGAAGGAGAAAGUUGACAAAAAAAGUAAAGGUUGUCGGCGGCCAAUCGUCUGCAUAUGCAAUGAUCUCUAUGCUCCAUCUUUGAGGCCACUGAGAUCAAUAGCUCUUGUGAUAAGUGUACCAGAAAUCACCCCUACGGCUCUAGCCGAGCGCUUAGCUAAAAUUAUGAGCGAAGAGGGCUUGAGGGUAGACAUGAGAAUUCUGAUCCACUUGGCCGAGAGAUCAGCUUGCGACGUAAGAGCUUGCCUUGGUUUACUGCAGUACACCGGUGGUGGCGCCAAGAUGUUGCAAAACAUCGCUUUUGGCCUGAAGGACAUGAAAAAAGGUCUGUUUGAUUCUUGGAAAGAGAUGCUGCAUGUGCCCAUGGGCAAGCUUACGACCUCUAAGGAGAGAGUACAAAAGAUCAUGAAGCUCACACAUCAAGUCGAAACAGAGCGCCUGGCGCAAGGUGUCUUCCACAAUUACCCGACAACUUGCAAAGAGCAAAUCAUUCCUGUCUACAAGUCACUGCAGUGGUUCGAGUUUUAUGACGAAGUGAACACCCUGGUCAUGCAGCACCAGACCUGGAUGCUCAUGCCCUACGCGAACUCUGCAGUCGUCGCUUGGCACCUGUACCUCGCUGCCAGUCAAGUUCCCAAAAUCACUUAUCCAACAAUCCAGUUCGAGGUCAAUCAAAAAAUAGAGCGGAACAAGGCAAUCCUCAUGGUAACGAAAAAGUCCAGCAAAAUCGACGUCCUCACCCUCGUCUCCGACGUCCUGCCUUACCUGCCUGACAUCCUGACUCCCCGCUUGCGUCCAGUUAACCUCCUCCUGUACAGCCCAAAGGAAAAACUAGAGCUCGAGAAGCUGAUCAACGUGAUGCUGGACUUUGGACUGGCGUUCACUCAGAUCAAGAAGCCCAUGGGCGGCUACGAGUACGUCCUCGACCCCAAUCUGUGGGACCUGGGCACAUUUCCCGAGUGCAAGGUGCGCAAAACCAUACCCUACACGGUCAAGCAGAUCAUCAUUCAGGAGCUGGAGACCACAAGAAUACAGAGAGCAGCCAUAGCGACGGGCGACCCAACGGCCAGUGGCGCAGGUGGAGGCAAAGCGACGGGACAGGCCAAGGCGUCGUCGAGCGCCGCGAAAUCGUCCGCCGAUCAGCCCAAGGGCCAAGAGGACGUUCCGAAUCACUUGAAACAGCUUUCGGUGCAGCCGAUCAGUGAAAAGAAAAACCGCAACUUUUUCGCAACCUUCAAGUUAAUCGGGCAAGAAAAGCAUAAGAAGCAGCUUGAAGAAGAAAAGGCACUGGGCAUCGUAAACACAAAAGAGCUCGAAAAAAUUGAAAACGCAAAAGCCGAGAAAAAACAAAAGAAAUUGUUCAGGAACAACGUGUGGUUUGAGUACAAAGAAGGAUACAGCAAUGCAGUAAGGCGUACUAUUCUGAUGAAGGAUCUUUUGUAAUUAUUAUUAUUACAAUUUUUUUUUUAUUGUUCAUCACGUAUUGUAAAUAUUGUGAACGACUAAAGCUGUUCAUACG